AUGCCUUCAAUUAACUUGCAGAGUUCUGAUGGAGAGAUGUUUGAAGUUGAUAUGGAAAUUGCCAAACAAUCUGUUACUAUCAACACCAUGGGAAUGGAUGAUGAAGGAGAUGAUAACCCAGUUCCUCUACCAAAUGUCAAUGCGGCAAUAUUAAAAAAGGUCAUCCAGUGGUGCACCCACCACAAGGAUGAUCCUCCUCCUCCUGAGGAUGAUGAGAACAAAGAAAAGCGAACAGAUGGCAUUCCUGUUUGGGACCAAGAAUUCCUGAAAGUUGACCAAGGAACGCUUUUUGAACUCAUUCUGGCUGCAAACUACUUAGACAUCAAAGGUUUGCUUGAUGUUCCAUGCAAGACUGUUGCCAAUAUGAUCAAGGGGAAAACUCCUGAGGAGAUUCGCAAGACCUUCAAUAUCAAAAAUGACUUUACUGAAGAGAAGGAAGCCCAGGUACACAAAGAGAACCAGUGGGGUGAAGAGAAGUGA